AUGGGCGGUUGGACCUAUAUCGUCAAGGGCGGAGAUGAUCAUGGAACAAGAUAUACCUGGGUAGUUCCUAUUGAACUCAUGAGAUCCCAUGGGCCCCAGUCUAUAACCGCCGGGUCAAUCCUUCGCUCUGGCUCAAUCUGCCAAACCAGACGGGGAAUCCAAUACUCGCCCAGCUACCGCAGAAUGGUAGUAUUGGAUAAGCGUGAUAUGAAUGACGGGGUUGCACUUGAUGCCGAUCGGCUGAUAAUUCUUGUGGUGAAACACUCUGGCGGUGCCAUGGCGGACUAG